AUGCAAAAACAUAUCGAUUCUGCACGCGCGGUCGACCGGCAAACUACAUAUAAGGGAGCCCGGCCGACACAACAAAUUGUCUUGUGUAGCUCCAGCAGUAACUGGCUAAUAUCACCACGGUUCUCGGCCACCUUUUGGAAGGCUAAAACCAACGGAAAUAUUCGGCCUAGACUGCUAGGGCUAUCCGCUGCGCAAAUACGGGUCAGAGCGUGCAGAGUAACUGCCGCCGCUGUCGUUUAUUCGUCUUUUUGUUUCUUUUCCGCGCACCACGCUCUCGGCCACCCUCCGUGGGUAGGUUAG